GUGAUGACGCUGCCUGUGGCGGACUUCAAGCUGCUGCUGGCGGAGCGCAACCUGCCCCUCCUAGGCGGCGGCAAGGGGGCAGACCCCAAGCAGCAGCAGCAGCAGCAGCCAAAGCAGGCCCUCAGCGCCGCCGCCCUCUCGGCGCUCGAGAGCAUUGCCAGCGGCGGCGCGGUCGCGCGCCUCGCGCCCGCCGACGCGGCGGCGCUCGGCCUUGCGGGCGGCGCCGCGGGCGGAGAGGAUGACGACGGCGGCGCCCUCGCGGCGAGCGCGCCGCCGGCGGUGUGCGUCUGGCGGACGCGCGCCAGCCUCAGCGUAUUGGUUACCAAGGCGGAGAGCGACGACAUGCUGGAGAAGAUCGUGGCCGGCGAGGGCAAGCACAAGGCGGCGAAGCCGCAGGUGGCUGCGGCGGCGGGCGGCGGCGAGAGGGCGCAGAACGCGCCUGCGGUCGCGGCGCUUUGA